UGUUUGUGUGGGUGAGUGUUUUGCACACUUGGGCGAAUUGUUUGUUGUUGCUGUAGUGAGUGUCGCUGACAAGUUUCCACCAGCUUUUCCCGCAUUUCCCCCAUUUUAUUUGCCUUGCCAGCUGCCUGCACUUGGCUUCCUUUUCAUUUUGCGUUGACAUUCUUAAAAACUUGUUAAUUUUCACGUUAUUGCAAAUGCAUGUCAAGUUUGCAAAGCCACUUAAUAUAUGCUUACUAAUUUUAAAGGCCCCACAAAAUAUUUGCGGACUUUUUACUUUUAGAUUCCAUGCCUAGCAUACACUUGUUCCAUUUAGCGUAGAAUUCUAUAAAAAAAAGUUAUCUUAUUAUGUCUUCUGGGUAAUCAAAUAAUUGAUUUGUGACCCAUUGACCCAAGCAAAUACAUACAAAGACCUGACCAGCUGCAAAUGUAAAUGUGUGAGUGGAGUGGCAAGCUGGUUUAUAAUUGAAUUGUUAGGCUUCUGCUCUUAGUGUCAUUAAAAUAAAUGGUAAGGAAAUUAUUUAAGAUUUUUAAAAUGUGUUCAAUUCUGGCCUUAAAUUGUUUUUUAAUCAACAAUUGAACUAAUAGACAUCUAAUAAUAUUUUUUAUGGCUUAUUCAUCACUAGAAUACAAUGCAUUAUUUGAAAUAAAUGGUUAGCAUGGCCAGUACCAUAGGAAUCUGAAGGAAUUUAUAUAAUUGCCCUGUCGAAUGAGUGAAGCUAAUCCAAAUUCUGAAAAUUUUUCACACCAAUAAAAUAAAAUGCCCUUGCAAACUCAAAGUCAACCCAGUUAUAUACUUUACACAAUGAACUGCUUUUCGAAGGUCCUUGUGCUAGCAGCCAUUCUUUUCCUAAGCAUCGGAUCUGGCUGGUCUCAGGCGCCCUUUAGGAAGUGCGGCAAUGGCAUCGGCUAUUGUACAUCAGUUCGCACCCGAUGCAGGGCCAUAGCACCGCCCACUGAAUGCGGCCCAAAGGAAAAGUGCUGCAAGAGGUAGUUAAAGAACCUAUUUCAAAGUGAGCUGAGUUUUAGUGAAAUAUAAAGCACAAACUUUCUCAUUUGAAACCUCUUCUUGGGUAUUACUUAUUCCUGAACAGGAUAUUUUGAAUUAGUAUUGUCAAUUGGAAACCCAAAUAUUUAAUGGUAUUUAGUCAGGCUUCCCAUCUUAGCAAUUACAGUUUCUCAAGGUAAAUUCCGCUUUUAGUAAGCAGUGCUCUCAGAAUCUUCUAUUAAAUAAAAUGUGGUUGCUGAAUGUGGACUCUA